CUCCAGUGCGCAUGCGCCUAGCACAGUGGCCCGAUAAUGGCACUUUAUGGAAGAGUACUCCGGAUGCACUUCUGUGCAAGUCGCCACUUUCUUAAAUCAAGUGCAGUUUAUCAGAAACGACACUCGUCGGAAAAUAUUUCCUGUAAAUCUAAGGCCAGCUCCGAGGCGGCUGAUCAUGUCCUUUACACACAGGAGCAUUUUGCACUGAAGGACUCUCUGAGAAAGCUCAUUGAUCAGGAGAUCAACCCUUUUGUGGACAAAUGGGAGGAGGAGGGUCAAUUCCCUGCACACAGAGUCUUCAAGAUCCUCGGGAACGCCGGAUUUCUGGGAGUCAACAAACCCGUGGAAUAUGGAGGUCUGGGAUUGGACUUCAGCUACAGUGUGGCUGUGGCAGAGGAACUGGGCAACAUCAACUGUGGAGGCAUUCCCAUGGCCAUCGGUGUUCAGACUGAUAUGGCUACUCCUGCACUGGCCAGAUUUGGAUCUGCAGAGCUGAAAAAGGAGUUCUUGCUUCCAUCCAUAAUGGGAGACAAAGUGGCAUGCCUGGGAGUGAGUGAAGUCGGUGCCGGCUCUGAUGUUGCAAGCAUAAAGACGAAGGCUGUGCGUAAAGGAGACGAGUUUGUCAUUAAUGGGGGAAAGAUGUGGACCACCACUGGAGCACAAGCAGACUGGAUGUGCCUUUUGGCCAAUACAAGCGAUGGGCCACCACACAGGAACAAGUCCCUCAUCUGCCUACCCAUGAAUCUGCCUGGAAUUCAUAUUGCCCGUAAGAUUGAUAAGCUGGGCAUGAGGUCCUCGGACACAGCAGAGGUGUUCUUUGAAGAUGUUCGGGUGCCAUGUAAAAACAUCAUAGGUCAAGAGGGAAUGGGCUUCACGUACCAGAUGCUGCAAUUCCAGGAAGAGCGUCUUUGGGGAGUGGCCAAUAUUCUAACGAUGAUGGAGAAAGUGGUGCAGGAGACGAUUAACUACACUCGGCAGAGGAAGAUCUUCCAGCAGCCGGUGCUGUACCACCAAGUAGUGCACUUCAGGUUAGCAGAGCUGCAGACUGAGAUCGAGCUCCUGCGCUCCCUGCUGUACCGUUGCACAGCGCUGUACAUUAAGGGCAACGAUGUGACAAAGUUGGCAAGCAUGGCAAAGCUGAAGGCAGGUCGUCUGGCACGUGAGUUAGGAGACAGCUGUUUGCAGUACUGGGGCGGGAUGGGCUUCACCAGCGAUGUCCUCGUCAGCAGGUUCUACAGGGACUCCAGACUGAUGUCAAUAGGUGCAGGAGCAGAUGAAGUCAUGCUAUCAAUCAUUUGCAAGUACAUGGACACUCUGCCCAGAAAAUAACACCACUGUGUAAUACCAGUGUCGGUGCGAACCAAGUGUUCUUAACUUAGUUUGAACUCACGUGUAACUCACUUUAAUGAAAUACGUUUUUCAUGACAAGAUUAUUGAUUAUUACUAUUUUAAUACAAGAUUCCUAGUCCUAUUCCUAGAUUGCAAGAUUAUUAGUCACCUCCUGCCUUAACAGUCAAUGAAAGGAAACUAAAGCUGGUGUAUGUGAGAACCUUGUACUUAUCUAAAUUGUGAGUAUUGUAGUUUGAAGCCAUUGCACUUCACUUUUUUAGGAAAAAAAGUUCUUUGAAUAACAACUGGUUAGCAAUUAUAGGUUUCUAAAGAUUUUCUACCUGGAAAAAACAAACCUUGAUAUAUGGUUCUAUACAGAAUCUUUAGGAAUGAAAUAACCCUUUGGAGUGAUCAAUGUCAGCUUUUUCACCCAAAAGUGUAGUCCUACUCAUAUGUUUCUUUUAACCAAUUAAAUUUUUUUGAUGUGGAAAACCUAUUUGGUACAGGAGCAUUUUCAUUUUGGGAACUAAUUUUUAAAAAUCAAUGCAAAGUUGUUUUGUUGUUUGUUUGUUUUAGCCAGAGGUUUGUGUGGAAUUAUUGCACAGGUAAUUGAUAUUGCUGAAUAAAUAUCAUACAUUGGUGUGUCUAACUGUAAAAUACAUAAAACAUUAAAUUGCUUUCUUCAACA